UCUCUCUCUCUCUCUCACGCCCACCCAUCUCUCUCUUCCCAAAUCCUUCACCGUCCGCAUUCACAGCCCGAAAUCAAGUAGGUGGAAAAGCAAAGGCUACUAAACAGAGCCAUUUUCGUUCAUACACUGCCAGUUGGACUCCCUACCUAAUCAAAGGCAAGACUCUCUGAGAUACCCAAAAAAAAAAAAAAAAAUGAGGAAGAAAAAGAGUGUACAGAAAAAUUAUAGUACUAAAGUGAGAUAGCUCUCUGUUAACCCAUUUGGCUUCUUCUCCUUCUUCAUCUAAUCCAUCCUCUUUUUCAAAACCCUAGCUUUUUCCCAAAUCAUUUUCUCACUCCAGCCGCCAGAUCUCGGGCAGCCGCUUUUCGGAUCGGUGUUUGAUUUCAAUGGACUCGGCUGGUUGAAAUGCCUGGCGUUUCGGGGAGCACUUUCAGUUCAGUUGAUUGUAGAUUCAAUGCUGGAGUUGCAGUAGUGGAAUUAGGGUGUGAAAAUGUCGGCUUCGCUGGCGGCAUUCGACCGUCCCAGGAUCGGAACUUCGAAUACGGUUUUCAAGAGUGGGCCGCUUUUCAUAUCUUCAAAAGGUUUAGGAUGGAAGUCUUGGAAAAAGCGUUGGUUUAUCCUUACACGUACUUCGUUGGUUUUUUUCAGAAAUGAUCCUAGUGCGCUUCCCCAGAGAGGUGGUGAAGUUAAUAUAACUUUGGGGGGUAUUGAUUUGAACAAUUCAGGGAGCGUUGUUGUUCGAGAAGAUAAAAAACUUUUAACUGUACUGUUUCCUGAUGGACGUGAUGGACGGGCAUUUACACUCAAGGCGGAGACGUCAGAGGACUUAUAUGAGUGGAAAACUGCCCUAGAGCAUGCUCUUGCACAAGCGCCAAGUGCUGCCCUUGUGAUGGGACACAAUGGAAUUUUCCGCAGUGAUGCUAAUGAUCCAAUUGAAGGGUCCUUUCAUCAAUGGAGAGAUAAGCGUGCUAUUAAGUCUCUUGUGGUUGGACGACCAAUUUUGCUGGCUCUGGAGGAUAUAGAUGGAGGCCCAUCGUUCCUUGAGAAAGCUCUUCAAUUUCUUGAAAAAUAUGGAACUACCGUAGAAGGAAUUUUGAGACAGGCUGCAGAUGUCGAGGAGGUUGAUCGCAGAGUUCAAGAAUAUGAACAAGGGAGGAACGAAUUUGAUCCCGAUGAGGAUGCUCAUGUUGUUGGUGACUGCGUUAAGCAUGUUCUUCGGGAGCUACCUUCAUCUCCAGUUCCUGCAUCCUGCUGCACUGCUUUAUUGGAGGCCUAUAAAAUGGAUCGGAAGGAUGCUCGUGUUAAUGCCAUGCGGUCUGCAAUAUUGGAGACAUUUCCUGAACCAAACAGGCGCUUGUUACAGAGAAUUCUGAAGAUGAUGCACACAGUAUCCAUGCAUGCAUCUGAGAAUAGAAUGACCCAAUCUGCUGUUGCUGCUUGUAUGGCACCGUUGCUCUUACGUCCUCUUUUAGCCGGUGAAUGUGAGUUGGAGGAUGAUUUUGAUACUAACGGUGACAAUUCUGCCCAACUUCUUGCUGCUGCAAAUGCUGCUAAUAAUGCUCAAGCCAUAAUCACUACACUUCUGGAGGAGUAUGACAACAUUUUUGAUGAUGAGAAUCUACAUAGGUGCUCUAUUUCAGCUGAUUCUCGAAUUGAAAAUAGUGGGAGUGAAGAUACAACUGAUGAUGAAAAUUUGGAUAUCAAGGACAAUGGUUUCCACGAUGCAGAAAAUGAAGUAGAUCCGGAUAGCGAUGAUGAUCCUGAACGUGUGCUCAGUGGAAAAAUGAGUGAAAGCAGUGGUUAUGCUGGCAGUGACCUUUAUAACUAUAAGCGGUCUACACAGGGUUUUGGAGGUGAUGAUUCACAUGGUGGACUCAUGAAUAAUCUCGUAUCAACCACAAAAGCCAAUCAAUCUGUAGAUUCUUCAUCACAAAGAGAGUCAAACAUCCAAUUUAACGAGCGACAAGGUCAACAGAAACCAAGUGAAAAUGAGGUGGACAGUCUUAGUAUUUUACAUGCUAGUGAGUCUCAUCGAUCAAUGGGGGAGAUACUUUCUUCAAUGGAUCAAGGGCAACCUCAAUCUGUAGUUGGAGCUGAAUCAUGUGUUGAGAAGUCAAUGAACAGACUUACAAGCCCCACCCAAAAUGUUAAGCGCUCAACAUUUUGGGGUAGAAACAAUGCCAGAAAGACACCAUCCAUGGAAUCAGUUGAUUCUUCUGGAGAGGAAGAACUGGCUAUCCAAAGGCUUGAGAUUACAAAGAAUGACUUGCGAAACAGGAUUGCGAAGGAGGCUAGAGGAAAUGCAAUUUUACAGGCUAGCUUGGAGAGAAGGAAGCAAGCUUUGCAUGAGCGUCGCUUGGCGCUUGAACUAGAUGUUUCAAGACUGCAAGAGCAGCUGCAAGCUGAGAGGGAUCUGCGUGCAGCUUUGGAGGUUGGGUUGAGCAUGUCUUCUGGACAGUUUCCAAGCUCUCGUGGCAUGGAUUCCAAGACAAGGGCUGAGCUUGAGGAGAUUGCUCUUGCUGAAGCAGAUGUUGCCAGGUUGAAGCAGAAAGUGGCAGAACUCCACCAUCAACUUAAUCAGCAACGUCAGCAUCACUAUGGCUCCUUGUCUGAUUCAUGCGAUCACUAUGAACAUGUCCAAAAUCAUAACUCUCAACAGAAAUAUUUUCAGCAAGACUUUGAUUCAACCCUUGCUUUUGUCAACCACGAAAGGAGACAAAGAACUGAGGAGAGUACUUUGGGUGCGGAGUUGAGGAAUAUAAAAGGACAAGUGUUAGCACCUGGCGGUAAUAGUAGGCAGCCUGCUCGGAAGCACUUGAUAGACUCACCAAGCUUCAGUGAUUCUAAAAGUACUGAGGCAUCAACAAGUUUAUCUAUGGAUGAGCUUUGUGCUGUUGAUUCUGCCUCCAUGCCUUCCACUUCAAGGGUAACAGAAGUGUUGGAUUAUCCUAGACAUCCAUCAGCAGCAUCCUCCACUUUGGUUGAAUUGACAUCACGUCUCGACUUCUUUAAGGAGCGACGCUCGCAGCUCAUGGAACAACUUCACAACCUCGAUUUGAACUAUGGGACGUCAUCUUCACAAGAUUUUGCAUAUAAACCGCCAUCUCCUCCUUGGAACUGACUGUCGAUGAUGCUUCUUAAGCCAGUUGAGUAGCCGAAUUCUUGCCAUUUGUACAUUCCUGAACUUGAGCUCAUGUAGUUGUGUGCCUAUAGUCCCAUGUUCGCAUAGUUUCCCUUUUUCCAUUUGAAAUUUCUUCCUUUGGUCCUAUGUUAGAUGGAGUUGUGUUCCGUCUUUGUUUAUUUAUUUCUUCCAUUUACUCUUGCCACGGUUUUUGUUACCAUAGAUUUUCGAUUUUUUUCUCGUAUGUAAAAUAGCGGUGAGGGUUUUGGUUGGACAAACAACUCACCUGGAACAUGUUUCUUCUUUGUCAAGAGAGAAUAUGCUAUCUGUAAUAUAAACUAUCCUUUCUCUUGGUAAUUAAUAUAAAUUCCACUGUGUGCA